GUCGUCAUUUUAGGAGUGGUGUCUGUUUAUUUGAUUCCCGCCGUGGAAUUUUUUCUUCUUCUUCAUCAGCAUCAUUCUAGCUAAGUAUGUCAACACAAGAGAGGAUACGCAGGCUUAUUGAAUUGUCACCAGUGGGAUCCGGAUUUCGUCCCACCGAUGAAGAACUGGUUGAUCUGUAUUUGAAGUCGAAGAUACAGGGCACGGCAUUCCACGAAGGCAUCAUCCCUGAGGUUGAUGCCUACAUAUUGGAUCCUUGGUUUAUACCAGAUUGUUGUUUUCUUCUUUCAGUCGUACAAACAUAUGGUUCGGACUCGUUCUUCUUCUCUCCUCUUUAUAAAAAGUACCCAAAUUGUAAUCAAUUACAGAGGACAACUAAUGGUGGCUACUGGAAACCCACCGGUCCGGAUCGUAAAAUCAAGCGUGGGGCUACCGAAGAGGUGAUCGGUAUCAAGAAAACUUUGGUAUUCCAUGUGGACGGUGGCCGUGGCCAUGCGGACGUCAAUACCGGCUGGAUUAUCCACGAGUACCGCUCACUUAUGGCCUCCCUCCCUGCCAAUGAGACCUUUGUUCUGUGUCGCUUAAAGAAAAAAAAAGGGUCUGAUUUUCCUAGACAAAACAACCUUCAUGACAUGUUACACAAACUGCUAUCCAAUCAAGAAAAUUGGCCGAUGAAUAUGGACGUUGACCAUUCAUCUACAGGUACUGGGCUUCAUCUGAAUGGCCCACCCAACAUCAUGACCUCAGGUGCUGAUCGGAGCCACUUUGCUAACAAUAUUCCUUCUGAUCUUGGAAAUCAACUAGACGAUAUGAUUCCAGAGGAGUAUGCUCUGCCAGAGAGGUAUGAACUUGUUAAUGAUUCGGACGGAUAUCUUGAAGAGAGAUUAAUCCCUCAGAGGAGAUCAGCUGUUGACAGUGGGAACCUGAGGAAUGGUUAUAUUGACAGGCUAUCAACCUGCCCACAGACCCCAUUGAAGGGCGCAUAUGGUAAGGGUGGUGGAUCAAGCAGUGACACCACUCAAGUGGACCCCGUUGAGGCAAAAAUAUGCGAUGGAAAGGAUUCUCUCAAUUUCCCAGAGACAGCUUCUGCAGCCCAUGAACCAAGUUGCUCACCAGUGGGCUACGGAUUUCGGCCCACCGAAGAAGAACUGGUUUAUCACUAUUUGAAGUCGAAGAUACUGGGCACAGAAUCCCACGAAGGUAUCAUCCCUGUCAUCGAAGCCUACAAAAUGGAUCCUUGGUUUAUACCAGAAUCUUGUUCACUUUUUUCAGAGAUACAAAGAGAUGGUCCGGAGUACUUCUUCUUCACUCCUCUUCAUAAAAAGUUCCCAAAUCGCAAUCAAGUACAGAGGACAACAACUGCUGGCUACUGGGCAAAAACCGGUCCGGAUCGUGAAAUCAAGGGUGAGGCCACCGAAGAGGUGAUUGGUACCAAGAAAACUUUUGUUUUCAAAAUGCACGGUGACCGUGACCGUGGCGUUGCGGACGUCAAUACCGGCUGGGUUAUCCACGAGUACAGCGCAUGUAUGGAUUCCGCUCCUGCCAAUAAGACCUUGGUUCUGUGUCGCUUAAAGACAAACAGGGUCUGGUUUUCCCCCACAAUCAACAAUGGCAAGUUACCCAAACAGCCAUCCAAUCAAGAAACUUGGCCGAUGAAUAUGGACGUUGACGAUUCAUCUACAGGAGAAUGCUCUGCCAGACAGACCUCUCUCGUAUGAUCUUGCUACUGAUUCGGAUGCACGCCUUUACAAAGAGUUAACCCCUCAGAUGAGAUCAGCUGUCGACGGCGGAGACCUGAGGCACGGUUAUAUUGACAGGCUAUCAACCUGCCCACAGACCCAUUGAAGGGACCAUAUGGUAAGAGUGGUGGAUCAAGCAGUGACAGACACUCAAGUGGCCCAAGUUGAGGCAAAUAUAUGGGAUGGAAAGGGUUCUUUCAAUUUCCCAGGGACAGCUUCUGCAGGCCAUGAACCAAGUUCCUCACCAGGUUAUCUUGUCAAUUUAUUCGUGGGCAUACUAUUGUUGGUGAUUCUUAUUUCAGUUAUGGUGCAAGACAUCCGUGCAAAGUUUUCAAAGCCUUAGCCUUUACCUGGAGGUGAUACCACCACAUUAGUUUUAGACUUCUCUUAAAGCCACCAGCAAGCCAGCCAUGACCAAGAAGCCUUGAGAAAGAGAAGUAUAUAUAUAUAUAUGAUUUUUUAGCAGCAUAUAUGCAUGAAGAUGUCUACCCAUAUCACGAUAGGAAGCGGGUCUUAAAAUUCUAAUUGUCCAUUUUCUCUUGAUAUUGGUUUGAGUUUAAAUUGCAUUUGAUUAUAUGAUUGAAUUGAGUUUGAUA